AUGGCGCCAGAGUAUAAACCUCUUGGAAUCAGAGACUCCAAGUCAAAGAAAAAAAGUACGAUCCGGCUUUCCUCAGACUCUCGGCAACUGGCACAAACCUCAGGGCAAGGUACAACUCAGGCUUCGAAGAAACCUGUUGCGCCGAAGAGAAAGCGUGAAGACCAAGCGAGUCCCGAGGAGAAAGCUGCGAAAGCCCAGCGCAGAUCCGCAAUCUUGGAGAAGUCCAAAGAAGCCAGGAAACGCUUGAGCAUAGGACUUGACAUUGGAACGACGGCUUCAGCCAUCGCCUAUGCGGCUAGCGAUGCUUCCGCGGACCAAAUUUCCGUCCUUGAUAACUGGGAUGGGCAUGUUGAGGUCAAAGUGCCAACGAGGGUGGCAUAUGCCGAGGAAAACGACUUCGAGACAGACAAAUGGGGGUUUCAGGUGGAGAGCGGAAUGCAGAUUUGCAACUGGCCAAAACUUCGUCUUGACGAGAACACGGACAAAGCAGACUUUGACGAUCCUCUACUCCAGCAGGCGAUAGGACAAGGUCUCAUGCACAUACCGGACGGCAAAGAUGCCCCCGAGGUUAUCAGUGACUUUCUGUUCGGAGUCCGCAACCAUUUCUUACAGCAUUUGAACGACACAAUCCUCGAAACAGCUGUGAAGCAUACAGCGAAGCGAAUUUGCGUUCCAGUUCCGACCACGUGGUCGCUGGCGGCGCGCGAGGCUACGCGUCAGGCUGUGAUCAAGGCCGGAUUCGGGGAGGACAAACGCGAUGAGAUUAACAUCAUUGACGAAAGUGAGGCGGCUGCUCUAUAUGUGAUCAAAUCUCUGGAGAAAUCUCCCGAAGAAAAUCUAGAGACGGGCGAAUGGUUUAUGGUGAUUGACAACGGAGGCGGAACAAUCGAUUGUGUUUCGUACAAGAUAGCAUCUCGCAAACCUCUACAGCUAGAGGAGGCGUGUGCUGGCGAAGGCGCAAAGAUUGGUGGGACAUCUAUCGAUCGGGCUCUUCAUGCUCUGAUGCAAGGGCGUUUCGGAGCUGCGUUCAGCGAGCUCUCAAUCAGCAAGAUAGCAGCCACCAGCCAGUUUAUGCAGGACUUCGAGUCCCACAAGAGAAGAUUUAACGGCCAGGAUGACAGCAAGUGCCUCUGGCUCCGCCUCAAUAUGAGGAAGCUCGACGAUCAGGACAAGGAUGUUCAGGCCAAUUAUGAUUUCGUGGAUUUGGCCGCAAAGGUCACGAGCAUCGAUAUGCAGGGGAUGUUCGAGCCCAUCGUUGACAAGAUAAUCGAGAUCAUCCGUGGACAAGUCCGUCGGAUGGAGGAAAAUAACGAGGCAGCCACUGGCCCCCGGAUAAUCGCAAUGUGUGGUGGCCUCAGUUGCAACCCCUACGUCUUUAACCGGGUCAAAGAAUUCGUCAACACCUCCUUCGAGGCCGGCUCUGUCAAAGUUUUAGCUCCUCGUCAACCAGUGACUGCUGUAGUCCGAGGAGCGGUGCUGGCCGCCCAGGGACGCUCGCCCAUUGUGUCCAGACGAUGUCGAGAGUUUAUCGGCACACAGGUUCAUUGCCCGUGGGACCAAAAGAAACACCAGCCUGGUGACAGGUUCGAGUGCCCCAUGGCUGGGCCCAGAGCCAUGAAUCAAAUGGAGUGGAUUGUCACUAAGGGCCAGAAGCUGAAGCCUAAUAUGAAGGCGAAAGUGAAAUGUUAUCAUGUCGUGGAAAACGCGCGCACAGAGAUCAAGCGUGCUAUCAUAAUCGAUCAGAUGCUGUACAGGUGCACAGAAGACGUUGCUCCAUCUCGUGUGGAUGAUCCCGUUGAGGAGAUAGGCGUGAUACGGGUAGAUGUCACCGACAUUGCACGUCAAAAACGCGCAAAAGCCAGGACGGGCUAUCGAACCUACCCCCGCGACAUAAGCAUCGAUGUCGAUAUUGAACUAACGAUGUCAAGCAACAAGGGCAUUUUGGAAGCUGUUGCCAAGUCCGGACGCACCAAGGUCGGGAGCACGACAAUAACAUUCACGCCAGCUCCGGCGUGGGAGAAUGGUCUCGUGCGAAGAGAGGAAGAUAAAUGA